UUUUUUUUUUUCAUCCUAUUCUAUUCCUUGUUACUUUCUUCUUCUUCCUUUGUCUUCUUUUCUCUUUUAAAAAUAAAUAAAAUAAAAAUAGAUUAUGAAUAUUGUUGGUGCAUAUGUAUCAGAAACAUUUCAUUCUGCACACGAGACAAGAGAUAUCUUUUUACCUAAUCAAACGGAACAUGUGUCUCAAAUAGCUAUUGAUAUAGGCGGAACAUUGGCGAAGAUAACUUAUUUUACUUUAUCAGCAGACUGUAAAGGAGGUCGCCUUCAUUUUAAAACGUUUGAAACAGAGAAAGUAGAUGAAUGUAUUGACUAUAUUGUAACAUUAUUAAAGAAUGUUGCACAACAACCUUAUAGUGGUACUACUCAGCAAAUCCUUAAAGCAACAGGAGGCGGUGCUUAUUUAUAUUAUAACAAAUUAAAAUCUCGAUUACCUGGUGUAAUUAUACAAAAAGAAGAUGAAAUGGAAUGUUUAAUUACCGGCCUCAAUUUCUUUAUUACAGAAAUACCUUUUGAAGUGUUUACUUAUAAUGAACUUGAUGCAAAUCCUAUUUGUUUUGAAGAGCGAUCAAAGAAUAUAUAUCCAUAUAUGCUUGUAAAUAUUGGUUCUGGUGUUAGUAUACUUAAAGUAGAUGGUCCAGGACCAAACGAUUUUUCUCGUAUAAGUGGAACUUCUCUAGGCGGUGGUACUCUUUGGGGAUUAUUAUCUUUAUUAACAGAUGCUUCCUCAUUUGAUGAUAUGUUGGAAAUAUCAAAAAAAGGAGACAAUAGAAACGUGGAUUUAUUAGUAGGUGAUAUAUACGGAACAGAUUAUAGUAAGCUUGGUUUAAAGUCUUCAAGAAUUGCUUCUAGUUUUGGAAAAGUCUUCAGGAAAGGCGCACGUCAGAAUAAAGAGAAAUUUGAAUCAGCUGAUAUUUCAAAGAGUUUAUUAUACAUGGUAAGUAACAAUAUUGGUCAAAUUGCUUAUUUAAAUGCACAACAACAUGGUAUAAAACGAAUCUAUUUUGGUGGAUGCUUUAUUCGGGGUCAUCCAAUCACAAUGAAUUCUUUAUCUUAUGCUAUUAAAUUUUGGUCAAAUGGCGAAAUGAAAGCAUUGUUUCUUCGACAUGAAGGUCAUUUAGGAGCAAUUGGAGCAUAUUUACGAUGAACAUCUAGAAAACAUAAUUGUAUAUAUUUUUACUGAUUAUUGAUAAUAUAUGUGAAUAUAGAAUGAUAUUAUAUUUAUUGCAAAUUCUCCCUCUCCCUUUUUUUUUUUAGAAAAUUUUCC